AUGGCAAAUCCACUCUCCCCACUCUCCCCGUCCUACCAGAAUGCGCGAGCGCGCUCUCCCAAGACCGCCUCGUCGCCAUUCUUGACAAGAACACUCGACGAGUCUGCCUCCGCGGAUCACGUUCCUUCGAGCCCCUUGAAAAAGGCAUGGACAGAGCACGAAGCGCAAAGCCCGAGUAUUCACGAGAUGAACGAGAACUACCUUCCUGACGAACACGAGAAUGACGACUUCAACGACGACUUCCAAGAACCUGCUAGCUCGCCGUUUCGCUAUGAAGCGCGCGAAGACACAGUUGAUUUUCAGAUGUUGCGGAAAUACCAACAGGGCUCUCCUGCGUGUCGGCCUCAGUUUGAUGCGGAAGAACCAGAGGGCCCCAUGAGCUCUCCCUUCAGACCUGAUGCGAGAGAUGAGACUGUGGAUUUCCAGCGAUUGCGCGAGCUACAGUCCAUGUCAGCUGGCCUGAGCAGGCGCGUUGAAGUUGAUGAUCCGGCUAGCUCUCCAUUCCGACCGCAGGCAAAGGAUAAUACUGUUGAUUUGGAGAGAUUGCGCGAGUUGCAGGCUGAGUCUCCGCUUUAUGAUGAGGAACCUGAAUCGCCUCGCUACGAUGACCAGCCCGGAUCUCCUCGAUAUGAUGAUCAGUCUGAAUCCCCUCGUUCUGAUGAUCAGCCCGAAUUCCCUCCAUACGCUGAGCAGCCAUUGCAGCCCGAGAGCUCACCGUUCCGGCACGAGCAAAGAGAGGAGAAUGUUGAAUUCCAGAAGUCGCCUUCUCCUCCCGUAGUGCAUAGCUCACCUUUCCGACAAAGCACGAAAGAAGAGACAAAUGAUCUUCAGCAGCUGCGUGAAAUCCAGCGCCAAUCAUUCGGCAGAACGAAGCGAUCUUCUCCUGCCAUCGCGCAGGGCUCCCCUUUCAAACCGAGCGCGAAUGAAACUACGCUUGAUAUGCAGAAGUUGCGCUCGGUGCCGCGUACAUCACUCGGCAUGGAUGGACGCCAGUCCACAGCCGCCACGCCUCGGAAACGGUCCUUUGACCAGACACCGCCAGAUCAUGACGACGAACAGACCAAUGAUCGAUGCAAGAAGGGUAUGAUUAGCAAAGCUGAGGUCCCAGAUAUUCACUUUGAUUACGAAGAAGAGUCUAGCGUCAUCCACAAUCAGAGCUAUGCGUCGACUGCGAGUGUCACUCAGGAACGCUCAACAAUUGGCAACAGUGAGAUGGAAGACAAGCGCAACGAAGGAAUGAGCACUGUUCUCCACGAAGAUGACGACGCUGGGCCGGCGAACAAAGAAAACUUCGGUCAUACCAAUGCUGAGGAUGAGCUUUCCGUGUUAGGUGAAGACAAUCACGAUCCCAUGGAUGACACAAACCUGAGCAAUUUCUCAGUAUUGCCGGACAUGACCUCCUUCGCGAAGCUGCGGGCCGACUCGCCGCUGAAAUCAAUGCGCGGCAGUGUCGGACCUAGCCCAGCUGGCAGGACAGAUAUGUACCGGCGCAGCGUGGACCCGGGUACUCCUGGUACCGCACGGAGAUCAUACAGAGCUAGUGCGAUGUACGAUGCUGGCUCGCCAAUUGGGUCACCCACACCUCGACGAAGAGCUUCUCGGGAUAUUGGCAACCCAAGCGAGACACCAAACCUGCUUGAUCUCACCGAUCAAAUGAGCUUCUACCCUCGCCAUUCCAUGCAGCAGAGUGCGCGUUACUCUCCCCGACGCUCGCCCAUAAGGAACAUGCGCCAGUCUACGCGGUCUCCGUCAAAGUUGUCGCUUUUGGACUUUGACAUUCCACCUGCCCCGACCCCUCGGUCCAUCCCUACCAUCACGCCGCGAGAACUCGAGUCGCUGAAAUCCAGUUUCAUGUCUGAGAUUUCUUCUCUCAAGGCCACCCUCAGCGGCAAAGAGGCUGAAGUUGCUAGUCUGAAGACCGCGAUUGGUGAUGCAGAGAGACGAGUCGGCGAAGCCUGGGAAGAGGUCCGCAAUGAAGUCGCGCGGAAAGAAGAAAUGGAGGCCGAGCAGGCUGAAUGGGAUCGUCGCGGCAAGGAAAUGGAAACAGUCCUUUUGUCCGUGCGGUCUGAACUAGAGGAUGGUGAACGCGAGCGAGACCGCUUGGCUCGAAAGGUCGAGGAGGCCGAGAAGAGCAAGGAGCAGCUGGAGGGCCGGAUUGUCGAGCUUGAAACCCAGCUGUCGGCCGCACGCUCUACGACCUCGUCUGAAUCUGGUACUGCUAGUGGCUCCCGUCAUACUUCACAGUCGGCGGAAGAUACUGCGCGCGAGGUACAAGACGCGGUCGAAAAGGUGGCGCGUGAGCUUCACACUCUGUACAAGAGCAAGCACGAGACCAAGGUCGCGGCGCUGAAGAAGAGCUACGAGUCUCGCUGGGAGAAGCGCCUUCGCGAGGCUGAGCGCAAGCUCGCAACUGCUCACGAGGAGAACGACCGCCUCAGGGUCGAGCGUGAUGCUGUCCUGUCAGACAACAUGGCUGCCGCCAAUGCCAGUAUGAUCACUCGCGAGAACGAUGAACACGAAGCCGAGAAGCGCGUCCUCGAGGCACAGAUCAAGGGUCUGCAGCACGAGAUGGCAUCUGUCAAGCAAGACAGUGAGCGUCUUCGCUUCGAGCUCAAAUCGGAGCGUGCCGAGAAGGGCGAGCUUGUCGCUGCCGUGGAUGAGUGGUUGGCCAUCCAGAACCAGCCUGCUCAGCAGCAACACCAGCAGCAACAGCAACGGCAUGAUCGUGAGCCUUCCGUCUCAUCUGCCGGCCACCCCGGAGAGGAAUAUCAGUCCUCCACCGAGCUUCCGGCAGAGACUCUCCGUCGUAGCGUGAGCCGCUCUGGAUCCAGUAGCAUUCGACCUCCCGCGUCCGGUGAGAAGAGAAUCCCUCGAUUCGGAGCUGGCGGCGGUCACUCUCGCGGUAACAGUGGGGGCAAGUCUGGCAUUGCCAUGCCGACCCCGGGUCGAGGUGGUAUCAUGAGCUCGAUUGAGAGGAUGGGUCGUGGUGGUGCCUAA